AAAUCCAGAUUCCAAAUUGUUUCCUAGAUACUGUCUGGACCUGAGCUGUGAAGUCUUUAUAUGUACACACAGGUAUUUUUAAAGCUGCAGUUUACUUUUUUUUCUUUCUUGCACGAACUUCACAUUGUAUUUGCAGGAUUGCGGUACUCCCAAGGAAAUGAAUAAGCAACCAGCCAACAGCCUGGGGGCAGCGGCUGCGCCGGGCUACCACAAUGGCCCGUGCGCACCCAGGACGAGCCCGGAGCAGGAGCUUCCAGCGGCCGCUGCCGCGCCGACGCCGCGUGUGCCCAGGUCCGCCUCCACGGGCGCCCAAACAUUCCAUUCCCCGGACGCGCGAGCCUGUGAGGCCGAGGGGCCGGGACUGGGGGCUUGCAAACUCGGUAGCUCGCGGGCGCCGGCGGCCUCGGCGGCUCUGCGGGACUUGAGCGAGGCGCAUGUCCCUCAGGCCGCCCCUCCUUCGGGGAGCUCCGGGCCCGGCAAUGCGCUGCAUUGUAAGAUUCCGGCCCUGCGUGGCCCGGAGGGGGAUGCGAACGUGAGUGUGGGGAAAAGCACCCUGGAGCGGAAUAAUACCCCAGCCGUGGGCUGGGUGAAUAUGAGCCAGAGCACCGUGGUGCUGGGCACCGAUGGAAUCACGUCUGUGCGCCCGGGCAGCGUGGCCACCGCUGCCACCCAGGAGGACGAGCAAGGGGAUGAGAAUAAGGCCCGAGGGAACUGGUCCAGCAAACUGGACUUCAUCCUGUCCAUGGUGGGGUAUGCAGUGGGGCUGGGCAAUGUCUGGAGGUUUCCCUACCUGGCCUUCCAGAACGGGGGAGGGAAUCCCCAAACCAGGGAGCAGGAAGGGGGCCGGAGGUGUGUCCUGGGGCCACCAAUGACAGGAAAGGGUGGGCACCCAGGAUCCGGGUUGGGUGGGAGGCCCAGUCAGGGAAGUUGGGAGAGCCAGAGUUGCCGGUGUUUUGCUCGCCGGAGAUCUGCAAAGUGCGGGGCUGGGCGCGUGGCCGGGUUCCCGGAGCUGCGCGCCCAGGAGGCGCGCGGAGGGCGAGGGAGACUUUCCGCACUGCGUCUUCGGCCCCGCAGCUCUCAGCGCGGAGUGGAGAGCUCGCCUCCUCCUUACAGGAGCAGAAGAGAAUUACGUAAACCACGUCUCUUUCGGAAACCCUGUCUGGAGAGGAUAGAGCAGGACCUCUCUUAUUACUCCCCUUGGCCGCCGCCGGGCCUUCCUCGGGUGCAGAGGCCCCGGCAGCAAAGGCCCUUCCGCGGGACAGGAAGUUGGGACAAGGGCGAGCAGGAAGGGCAGAUCAGCGUCCCCUAUGUUGAGCAUGUCUGGGCUCUGGCAUCUCUGGUCUCUGAGGUGGCUUUGACCCAUGCAACUGCGUUUCCGGGUCUAAAUCUUUUAAAAGCCCAGGGCUGUUCCCCAAGACCCUCCCCUAAAACCUCAAAGAAUCCCUGA